GUUGAACGUAAAGACAACGUGGCUGUGAUUGUGAGACUAGCAGAUGAUCGGAGCUGCUGCUGUUCAGAGGACUUUGGUGUUUGUUGGAGCUGAAGAUCUUCUGCAGCUGCAGGAACCAUGUCUUCAGAACCUCAGGAAGAUUCUGACAGAGAACAACUUUCUGCUGCUGAAGGAACCAUCGUCCAGAACGAGGAGGAGCUCUGUGGUCAGAGAGGACUGAUGGAUUCCAGCUGGAACCCGGAGCUUCAGCUCCACGUUACAGUCCUUCCUCAAUACUGGGCGAUAGAAGAGGAAGAUCUCUGGAACCAACAGAGGAACGUCAGAGUGGAACAGAAUGAUCCAGAACCCAAACAGACUAAAGAGGAACUAGAGGAACCAGAACUUCUACAGAUUAAAGAAGAGCAGGAUGAGCCAGAACCUCCACAGAUAAAAGAGGAGCAGGAGGAACCAGAACCAUCACAGACUAAAGAGGAACUGGAGGUUCCAGAACUUCUACGGAGGGAAGAGGAGCAGGAGGAACUAGAACCUAAACAUAUUAAAGAGGAGCAGGAGGAACCAGAACCAUCACAGAUUAAAGAGGAGCAAGAAUGGUUCUACAUCAGUCGGGAUGAAAAGCCGCUUGAUCUGAAGCAGGAGACUGAAACCUUGAUGGAGAUUCCUACUUUGGAGGAACAUGUUGACAGUGAAGCAGAUCUAAACAAUCAGCAGAGCUUUAAUGGAACUGAUAGUCAGGAUGAAGAAGGAAACCAACAUGAAGAAUCAACAUCAACUUCAGAUGAAGAGACAGAGCCACAGAACAGAGAUCAGAGGAAGAGAAGAGACAGAAGUCAUGUCCAAAGUGUGGCCAGCUCUGACAUGUCAGAAAGUCUGACUCUGUGUGACUCUGAUGUUAGAAAAAAAUUCAAGAUGAAAACUUCAGUUAAAAAACACAAACUAUCCCCAAAAGAAAAUAGACUUUCUUCUGCAGGGUCUGGUAAAAGAACAAAAAAUCCACAUGAUGUGUCUGUCCACAUGAGAACUAAGUCUAAUGAAAGAGCUUAUAUCUGUAAAGAAUGUGACAGACGUUUUAGUCAUGUAUCUAAUCUCAAAAGACACAUGAGAACUCACACAGGAGAGAAGCCCUUUUUGUGUACAGAAUGUGACAGAAGUUUUAGACAAACAUCUAGUCUCAAAACACACAUGAUGACUCAUACAGGAGAGAAGCUUUUUUCAUGUAAAGAAUGUGAUAAAAGUUUUAGUGGUGAAUUUAGUCUCAAAACACACAUGAGAAUCCAUACAGGAGAAAAGCCUUUUUCUUGCAAAGAAUGUGAUAAAAGUUUUAGUCAAACAUCUAGUCUCAAAACACACAUGAAAACACAUACAGGAGAAAAGCCUUUUUCCUGUAAAGAAUGUGAUAAAAAGUUUAUCAUAUUAUCUAAUCUCAAAAGACACAUGAGAACUCAUACAGGAGAAAAGCCUUUUUUGUGCAAAGAAUGUGACAAAAGUUUUAGUCAUACAUCUAGUCUCAAAACACACAUGAUAACUCAUACAGGAGAGAAGCCUUUUUUGUGUAAAGAAUGUGAUAAAAGUUUUAAUCAAAUAUCAUCUUUAGAAAAACACACGAGAAUCCAUACAGGAGAAAAGCCUUUUUUGUGUAAAGAAUGUGAUAGAAGUUUUUGUCAAUUAUCUAGUCUCAAAAAACACAUGAGAACUCAUACAGGAGCAAAGCCUUUUUCAUGCACAGAAUGUGAUGCAAGCUUUAGUUGGAUAUCUACUCUCAAAACACACAUGAGAACUCAUACAGGAGAAAAGCCUUUUUUGUGUAAAGAAUGUGAUAAAGGUUUUAGUCAAAUAUCUAGUCUCAAAAAACACUUGAGAACUCAUACAGGAGAAAAGCCUUUUUUGUGCGAAGAAUGUGACACAUGUUUUAGUGAAAAAUCUAACCUCAAAGCGCACAUGAGAACUCAUACAGGAGAGAAGCCUUUCUUGUGUAAAGAAUGUGACAAAAGUUUUAGUCAAAUAUCUAAUCUCAAAGCACACUUGAGAACUCAUGCACAGAGAGAAGCCUUUAAAAAAAAAACAAGUAAAACUCCCAGCAGAAGACUUGUGAUGAAAAGACCAUAAUGUUUUAACUAGGACAGUUUAAAUAUUGUGUAAAACAUUUUUCUCUUAUUUUGAGGGCCAUGUAAAAAUAAACUGUAUGAUGAUACGGCAGAUCAGCUAUCAAAGCAACUGAUUUUUCAUUCCAUGUACAUAGAGCCACAGGCUGAUGGCCUCCAUACCACAUUGAUGCAGUCAUUCAAUGAAAAGGAGGAACAAGUGAUUAUUGAAUGCAGAGAAAAGAACAGUUUUCUGGAAUCUUAAAUGUGGUGAAAACAUCAUGUUAUGCUUCUUCUGUUAUAAUAUUCUCAUUUUCUAAGACUAUUUUUUUUAGGUUUCUAUCAUCUAUCAGCCACCACGAUCAAAUUACUCAAAAUUAAGGAAUGUAAAGAUUCUAUACAUAAUGAGUUUCACUUAUUGAAAUAAUUGAGAAAAAAUAUUUAACUUGAUCAUGUAUUCCUCCAUCACUCUGCUCUCCACCUCCAGGACUUUUGGAUACACAUGUAAAUAGAAAUGUCUUGUAAAUAACAUUUUUGUGGAAAAAAAAAGAUUUGUACUAAGGAAGAGUCAGAUAAAGAGUCUGACUGGAGUGUUUGUGUGUCGUUGUGAUUCCUGUUUUGUAUCAGAGGUUAGAAGUGUUUCUCUGUUCUUUUUAGUCGUCAGUGUUCUGUUCCAAUCUUUCGUGUGAAGAAUAAAGUGGACGUGAACAUCA